AUGAAAAUGAAAAAGUCAUUUCAAUUAUAUUUUAUUAUAUUAUUUUUAUCAAUUUUAAAUCAAAGAUUUGGAAAUUCAAUUCAAAUUAAUGGAUUAAUAGAAACUGAAUAUGAUUGUAUUCAUAGUUUGUAUGAAACCUUUAAUUUAAUGUCAAGUGUAGUAUCAAAUGAUGGUAACUCGAGUUUUUUAUUUUGUAAUUCGACCUCUAUUAAAUGUGAUGGGGGUUUUUUAAUAUCUCUAAAUUUUCAGAGUCCAAGUCUCUCACCACCACUUACUUCAAAUCACAUCAGUUGUUUUUAUAAUCUAAAAAAAAUAAAAAUCGAUAACUCUUCUGUUGAUCCAGAUAUAACAUCUUUUAAAGGAAAAAAUAAUACAGAAAUUACUUUAUUCAAUGUUGAUAACAUAAAUAAUUUAAUUUUACCAAGUGUUUCAAGUAAAAUUUCUCUUAUUAUAGAUUAUUAUAGUUGUGGUUUCACUUUUAAGAUCACUUCUCUUGCAAACUUUUCAUCUGUUUUUCGUCGUUUUUAUUUUAAUUAUUUAAAUCUUUUAUAUAAAAGAACAUUGAUUAAUAUUCAGAAAAUACCAGAUCUUACCAAUGUAUCAAUUCCUUCAAUAACCUACGAAUUAAAUUCUCCAGAUUUAAAUUCUUUUUUAAACUUUUCAACACACAAUAAAAUUAAAAAAAUUGUGGUGACUGGAAAAAGUGCCAAAGAUUUUUUUUUCCCUAUUUUCCCAUCCGAUUCACUAGAAAAUUUAGAAUUUAGCCUUUACCAAUUAACUGCAAAUAGUAUAGUUAACAUUUCUCACUUGAAUAAAUUGAAUUAUUUAAAUAUUGGAGAUAACCCUUUUUUCAAUUUUAAUAAUACUAUACCAUUUAAACCAUAUCCAAUUUUAUCAAAUACUUCAAAUUCUAUAAUGAAAAUAUCGAGCCAUUUUCUAAAUUUACCAGAUUUUUCACAAAUUUUUUAUGAAUCUAUAUAUUUUCCAGAUAAUGGAAUUGAAUCCCCAUUACCGUUGUGGAGUAAAAGAUAUUCUCAUAUUAAAAAACUAGAUGUUUCAAACAAUCCAAUAACAGGUACUCUAGAUAAAUCAUAUUGCAAUUUAAGAUAUCUUAUUAUGUAUAGUACUCUAAUAGAUAAAACAUCAUUACCCUCUUGUUUUACAUGUUAUUUCAAGGAUAUCAGCUUUAAAAACAAUAUUAUUGGCUCUACUGUAUCUGAUGUUCCGAUCAUUUAUAAUACUUGCAAAACUUUAAUUCCAAAUAUUAUAUUUGAAUCAAAUAAAUUAUUUUUGGUUGGAAGUGAUUUGGGGUUUGAAUGGGAAUCAAUUCAAACUAAUGAUAUUGAAUUUUAUACUAGAGAUUCAGAAUAUAAUAUUGUAAAUGAAAAAUAUUUAAUUUAUGAAAUAGAUUAUUCAUUUGGUUAUUCAAAGAAAAUUUUAGAAUUUAAUUUUACAAAAAGUUUAGUAAAUAAUUUAUUUUAUUUAUCAACUUGGUAUCAAUUAGCAAAACCAAACCCAAUUUCAAUUUUAACUUCAAAAGAUCAAAUUGAAAUUAAAGGACAAUACUUUACAUACAAUUCAUCACUAGUUUUUAUAUAUAUCAAUAAUUAUAAAAUUGAUAUUAUUAGUACUACAUUCCAUUCAAUUAUUGGUCGGUUUGCAAUUUCUGGUGGUAGUGGUGGUGGUAGUGGUGGUAGCGGUGGAGGUCCAUAUCAUAUAUAUAUGAUAAUUGAUGAUAGGGUAGUAAUAUUUGAUGUUGAUGAAUUAAGUAUUGAUAAAAUUACAAAUAUUCCUCAAUGUCCAAAUGAAUGUAAUUACCCAGAAGGUGAAUGUGAUUAUAAUACUGGUAUUUGUGAUUGUAAUAAUCCAAAUUCAAAUAAUGACUGUAGUGAAAUAACACCAACUGAUUGUCCUAUUGAUUGUGGUUUAAAUGGAUAUUGUUUUAUUGAUAGUUGUAUUUGCUCUGACAACUAUUAUGGAGUACAAUGUGAAUAUGCCAACAUUUCAAUAUCAGCAAUUGGUGAAACAACUGAAAAUGGUGGAAACACAACAUUGUAUGGGUUUUUUGGUUACUCUUCUUCAAAAUUUGAAGUUUAUAUUGGUGGUAAACAAUGUUCAUUACAUUCAACUUCAUUUGAAAUGAUUAAUUGUAUAGCUCAAUCUGGUAAAGGAAUUGUAUCAAUUUCAAUAAUCAUUGAUGGUACUACAUACAAUUUUACAAAUAUUUAUAAAUAUUUACCAAUUUCAAAUAACAACAACAACAAUAACAAUAAUAAUAAUAAUUGUAUAAAUAGAUGCACAUCAAUAAAUAAUGGUGAUUGUAUAAAUUCAAUUUGUAUUUGUAAAAAUGGAUUCCAAGGAUAUGAUUGUAGUAGUAUUUUACCACCUUCAAAAUCAAAUAAUACAAUCUCUGAUAAUGGUGAUACAACAAUUAUUAAUCAAGAUACAAAUUAUCAAAUUAAUAUUUUAUCAUUAUUAGAAAUUGAUCAAAAUAAUCUUAUUAUUAAAAAUCAUUUAUUAAAAGGUAAUUGGAAUUUAACAAAAAAAUCAACUCUAGGUAAUCCAGCUCUAAUUUUCACUCAAACCAUAUUAUCAGAUAAUAAUAAAGAUUGUUUAAUAACUGCAACAUUAGAAGAAGUUAAAAUUAAAAGAAAUUCAAAUUUUGCAGGAAUUAAUUUUACAUUGGAUGAAAAUUCAAUUAAAAUUUCAAUUUCAAUUAAAAACUAUCAUUAUCAAACAUCAUUAAAUUCACUUCAAUUAACAUUUGAAUCAUCAGUUUCAGAUAAUAACAAUGGUUAUGAUGGUGAUGAUGAUAAUGAUGAAAUUCAAUAUGAUAAUAAUUGUAAUAUAAUUGAUAAGAAUAAAAUUGAUAUUGAUAAUCAAGAAGAUCAAUAUUCAAAUUAUAUUAAAAUUCAAAAAAAUGGAAAACAAUUAAUUGGUAGAAUUAUAUCACGUGCAUUAUCAGAUGGUAGAAGUACAUUCUUAAAUACAUUAGUAAUAAAUAAAACAAAGGACUCAAUAAUCACUGCUUUACAAUUACCCCAUUGCACAAAGGAGUGUUUGAUAGAUCCUGACUUUCAAGUUUUGGUUAAAUUUAAUCCAACAAAUUGUGGAAAUCAAGAGGAAUAUUCAUCAAAAACAGCCAUUAUUGCUGGCUCUGUAGUUGGUGGUGUAGUAUUUCUUUCAGUUAUUGGCGCUGUCUCAUUUUUAUUAUAUAAAAGAAAUUUGGAAAAACAAUUAAGUAAAAGAUUAGCCAAAAUGAAAAGAUUUGAAAAAUAA